AUGUCAACCAACGCUUGUGAAGAGAACGAACAAACCAUCAAAAUAUUGGAGGAAAAAGCGAAGAGAAGAAAACUUCUUCGCAACUAUUUCCAAAAACAACGCACGGAUCCUUUUAGGCAUGCUAGUGGCGAGGGUGGUGUCGUGUUCGACCCUGCCAUUCAGCGGUACAUAGCGAUGCAAGCUAGCCAGUUCGAAUAUUUCAAGCCCUCUCUCAAAAAUGCCCUCUUUGGGAUAUUCGCUAUGAUCGUACCCAUGGUGUCUUUUGGUUAUCUCGUUCAUAAGGAUAGGAGUGAAAUCGAACGUCGCCUUCGUGCUGGAGAUGUCGACUAUAAGGACCGCAUCCGCAAGUUUAUUUGA